CUUGUCCUCUAUAUACUCCAUUUUAAUCUACCAUCUCUUCUCAAUUCUAUACCUUAAUUAUUUCGUUAAAUCUUAUACUAUUUUUCAGAAUUUUGCAACUAUAGUGAAUCAACCAUGGACAUCAACAACAACAAUGAAAAUUCUUUUUGGCAAUUUAGUGAUCAACUAAGGCAUCAAACAUCAAAUUUGGCUAGUCUAUCACUAAAUGAUUCAAUUUGGAGCACCAACAUGACCAAAAGACCUGAUCAAAGAAGAAACUUUGAUGUCAAAAAUUCUGAUAUCAACAACUCCUUCACUAAUUUCAACUCGAAACCAAGUAGUGAUCUCAAUGAUGGAUGGAAGAUGAUGAACAAUUCCAAUGGACCUCUUUUUUCCAUGCCACACAAUAAUAACUCUUCUUUUGCUGGAUUCAAUAAGGGAAUUUAUUCAUCUCCCUAUGUUAACAACCUUAACAAUAACACCAACAACCUUAGCAACAUCAAUCUUAAUGGUUACAAGUCAGGUUUUAAGGUUGGUGAUGAGUUUCAACUAGGUAACAAAGGUGUCAAGAAGAAUAUCAACAACAAUAACAACAUCAACAAGAAACAUGGAGAUAACACUGAUGUUGCAAAAACUUCUGCUGACAAGAAAUUCAAAACUCUGCCACCGUCUGAGUCCUUACCUAGGAAUGAAACCAUUGGUGGCUAUAUCUUUGUUUGCAACAAUGAUACCAUGGCAGAAAACCUCAAAAGACAGAUCUUUGGUCUGCCUCCAAGAUACAGAGAUUCAGUUAGAACAAUAACCCCAGGGUUACCCCUUUUUCUGUACAACUAUUCCACCCACCAACUCCAUGGUAUUUUUGAGGCUGCAAGUUUUGGAGGAAGUAAUAUUGAUCCAACAGCUUGGGAGGAUAAGAAGUGCCCUGGUGAAUCUCGUUUCCCUGCUCAGGUACAAGUGAUAACUAGAAAAGUUUGUGAGCCAUUAGAGGAGGAUUCCUUUAGACCAAUUCUUCAUCACUAUGAUGGUCCUAAGUUUCGUCUUGAACUGAGUGUGUCUGAGGCACUGUCUCUUUUGGAUAUUUUUGCUGAUCAGAAUAGUUUCAAUGAUAUUUUCAAAGCUAUACCGGCAUAAAAUGGAAGAAGAUUAAAGAGAAUACAAGAACAUAAUUAUGAAGAAAAUAGAAAAUGAAGAUUGUGGACCUGUAGAGAAGGGUCCUAAGAUAUGACAAUGAAUAUGGUGGAGGAAGAUUUGAUAUUGAGCCUAUAUAUGUAUAAGAGCUAUGGUAUUAUUUGUAUAGAGGUUUUGUGCCUAAUUUCCCCCCUUUUUAUUGUGAGUGUAUAUGAACAUCAUUUAAAAGAAUACAAUAAGAAUGAACUUAUAUAAACAUAGCUUAUGGCUGCUGUUGUUAUGUACUCUAAACUAUAAAUUGAGGCUUAAUGGAAGGAAAAGGCAUCCAUGUUGCAACUUUAUAUUAA